ACAGGGCUGACCUUCCGUGGUCCUCAUUUACGCGAGCAUGGCAGGACGGUCAUUGACUAAAGGACUUGUGUGGCUACGACAGCUACGGGCUGUGACAGGCGGUUACUCCUGUGGUGGACAUCAGUAUGCCACUGCAGCGUCUGUUCAAUCUCUUCAACCCCAAAAUGAAGAUGCUACAGAGAAAAUAAUGAACCUGCCUCUCGAAAAGCCAGACUUUUUCCGUGUGUCAGAGCUGGUCUCGUUGAAAGAGCUGUUUGACGCCAGAGUGCAUCUUGGCCAUAAAAAAACUUGCAGGCACAGGCUCAUGGAGCCAUACCUCUAUGGCUGCCGUUUGGACCAAGAUAUAAUUGAUCUGGACCAGACUGUAGAGCACCUCCAGUUGGCCCUGAACUUCACUGCCCACGUAGCGUAUCGUGGCGGUGUCAUUCUGUUUAUCAACCGCCGGCGUCAGUUUGGCCAUCUGGUGGAGAACACUGCUGAAGAAUGUGGUGAAUAUGCCCAUACCCGCUACUGGCAGGGUGGCCUCUUCACCAACGCCCACAUCCAGUACGGCACAGGAGUUCGCUUACCAGACCUAGUCGUCUUCCUGUCCACUCUCAACAAUGUGUUUCAGCAGCAUGUGGGAAUCAGAGACGCAGCGAAGAUGAACAUUCCCACAGUGGGUGUGGUGGAUUCAAACUGUAACCCUAGUCUGAUUACAUACCCUGUGCCUGGGAAUGAUGACACUCCAGUUGCCAUGGAGCUGUACUGUCGCUUGUUCAAGAUGACUAUCAACCGUGCCAAAGACAAAAGGAGGCAAAUGGAGCUGCUACAUAACCUGUCUGCACCCACCACGCCAAGCUCUUGACAUGAUAUAAUCUCAUAUAAGAGAUAUUGAAUGCGCCCCAAAAAACGUCAGCUGCUCUUCAUCAUCAAGCCUCUACAUGUGGAAAGGAGAGAGAACUAAUUGUUAGUAUGUGGUGGCAGUGUUGAAGUGCAGUGCUGUCAUGUAUAAAGUCAGAAGUUGGAUAAUGAAUCUUGUCUCUGUGACAUGCAUGUCUAUUUCUAACCUUUUCCCUACAACCGUGGAGCUCUAUCAGACUAAUCUUUGUGUUACUGUCACAUUCACACUCCAACUAAUCAGUUCAUAUUAGGGAGGCACUUUAAUGACUUUCUUAGUUCUGAUACCCGUACCGUAGCUUUGGGUGUACACAUCCCGUGCCAGUGUUGAGCUGCUUUCUGGCAAACUCGGGAAAUCUGUAUAUUUUGCAGUGUUUGCAGAGAAGAGCUGUACGUGUGAAGUUGAUUCUCCUUUGAGCUCUCCAGAUAAUACCCAAGUGAGCUGGUGUGGCCCAUCAUUUAGGUACAAACCUAAUUUUUUUGUUUUGGCAGGUCCAAGUCCAUCUCCUGUUUGUGAUUACCACAGUAAUCUAGCAUCCUCGUUCCUCCGGGUUUUUUGUACAUCACAAUCGCAAAGAAUAUUGCCAGUCAUUUUGCUUUGUGACACCACAAUAUAAUAGGCAUGUACAAUGAAACAUAUGUAUAAUAGAACUGCUUCCCUAGUUUACAUGUAUGCUAUCAAAGAAAUGCUGAAGUUGGAGUGUUUAUGUCACUAUAUUUGAUCAGGUUUUGCAGUAACUUGCAGUGUGUCUUUGAACACUGGCAUCACUGAGUGGUGUGAUUUUGCAAGACAAAUGAUAAAUAAAAAGUUAAAAUGA